GCACGAUAUUAGCACAACCGCAAGCGAAAGAAGUCACACCAACGAUCCAUGUGGUUUGUCUCACUUUAUCAUGCUUGCGAUCUUACUCUAUCAUCCGUUUGCCUGAUGCUCCAUCUGAAAUACUCGGCACGAUAUUCGACUUGUACUUUUCGCCCCGUAGAAUUCUCAACUACACAGUCCAGUGUAUUUGCGAACGUCUUGAUACCCCUAUGUUUCAGAUAGAGCACCAGGCCUAAUUAAAGUGAGACGGCCUAGGUUUGUCGCCCGUUUGGAUACUUACACUAGAGCCCGCUGGUUUCGUUCUGUCUCUCUCGAUCAUUUUUCGUUCUCUUUCUAAACCAACUGCGCGGAGCUGGAUGCGCAUUAAAGUGGUGGGGAUAGAAGCGCUCGGAAAACAGAGGUUGGCUACAGUUAGCUCAGUUACACGCAGUUACUCAGUUGGUUAUAGUGUAUUGAAGAGGUUGUAGUCUACGUAGGUGCUGAAAUUUGUCAAAUAACAGUGGUUGGCAAAAUAUUUAUAUACGUAUAGAUCUUCUGUAAAGGAAAAUCAUGUCGUUGGCAGAUGAACUUUUGGCGGAUCUUGAAGAAAAUGACGAUUCUGACCAUAUUAUGGAAGAACCGGAACCGGAUUUCAUCCCGGCUUCUGUUUCCAAAACCAUCGAAGAAGAAAUAAAAGUUGCUUCUGUAAGAGAAUUGGCAAAAUUAGGAGACUCGGAACAGUUGAAAAAAGUUAUGUCUCAUAUUGAAAAAUAUAGCAAAGUUCCUAGAAAGUCGAUUGAUAUUAUUGGACCUGUUGAAUCUGAUCCUGAAUAUCAACUUAUCGUUGAAGCAAAUAAUAUGGCUGUAGAUAUUGAUGACGAAAUAGCUACCAUACAUAGAUUUACAAGAGACAAAUAUUCCAAAAGGUUCCCAGAAUUAGAAUCAUUAGUUGUUGGUCCUUUGGAAUAUGUAAUGACAGUUAGAGAAUUAGGAAAUGAUUUAGACAGAGCAAAAAAUAAUGAGAUAUUACAACAAUUUCUUACUCAGGCAACAAUCAUGGUAGUUUCAGUUACUGCAUCAACAACACAAGGACAGUUACUAACAGAAGAUGAGAAGGAAGCUAUUUGUGAAGCCUGUGAUAUGGCAGUGGAAUUGAAUAAUUGUAAAUCGAAAAUAUUUGAAUACGUAGAGAGUAGGAUGGCAUUUAUUGCACCAAAUUUGUCUGUAAUAGUAGGUGCAUCCACUGCAGCAAAAAUAAUGGGUGUCGCUGGAGGUUUAACUAAAUUAUCAAAAAUGCCAGCAUGUAAUAUUUUAGUACUUGGAUCUCAGAAAACAACAUUAUCCGGAUUUUCACAAGUGGCAACUCUACCACACACUGGUUUCAUAUACUAUUCUGAUAUUGUUCAAGAAACUCCACCUGAUUUAAGGCGGAAGGCAGCAAGACUUGUUGCAGCCAAAAGUAUGUUGGCUGCUCGUGUUGACGCUUGUCAUGAAAGUACAGAUGGUCAUAUUGGUCAAAUGUUUCGUGAAGAAAUAGAGAAAAAGUUAGAUAAGCUUCAAGAACCACCACCUGUAAAAUUUGUAAAGCCUCUACCAAAACCUAUUGAUCCAGGUCGAAAGAAACGCGGUGGCAGACGCGUCAGAAAAAUGAAAGAACGCUAUGCCAUUACUGAAUUCAGGAAACAUGCAAAUAGAAUGAAUUUUGCUGAUAUUGAAAAUGAUGCUUAUCAAGAAGAUCUCGGUUAUACUCGUGGUACAAUUGGCAAGGCAGGCACAGGUCGCAUUAGGUUACCUCAAAUUGAUGAGAAAACAAAAGUGCGAAUAUCGAAAACACUUCAGAAAAAUUUACAGAAACAGCAGCAAUGGGGUGGAAGUACAACAGUCAAAAAACAGGUCUCUGGUACAGCAUCCAGUGUCGCAUUCACGCCAUUGCAGGGCUUGGAAAUUGUAAAUCCGCAAGCAGCAGAAAAGAAAGUGAAUGAAGCUAAUGCGAAAUAUUUCUCAAACACAGCUGGUUUUCUGAAAGUAAAAAAAUAAAUAACAGUUUAAAAUAAUAGGUAUUGCUAUGAGUAAAACAAUAAUUUUAUAUUUAGUUUUUAUAAAAUACUUUAUUUAUAUGUAUAUAUAUAUAAGUAACUGUUAUACAAUGUACACAAUAAACAGUCAUUUCAUACUAACAACAAA